CUCGUCUCAAAUACUGAACAUUGAGUCAGAGUUGAGAGGCGUUUGAAAACACACUUUCAUUGCGUUUGUAAACCACUUCUCAAAGACAUCACUGAAGAGCUAAUCCAUCGAUCCGUCCAUCACUUGCAUUGCGAUAUCAAUCACUGGACACAAGCGAUGCCACCGAAACGGGUCGACAACACGAAGAAGUCUGUGGCGAUCGGCGGCGACGACACCGUCAACGACGGGCCCACCGAUGAGGUGACACAACUGCGCGCACGACUGGAUCAGUUCGAGGACAGACACGAACGCAUCAAAUCGGAGUUCCACUCACUGAAGACAAUCAACGACGAGAUGUCUUCGCGCCACGAACUCGAGGUGAAGGAACUGAAAGUGGAUCUACGGCUCGCCAAACGCGAUGUCGACAAAUACAAAGAGACCACCAAAUGGUUGCGCGAAGAGAAGCGCGAACUCAAGGAUCAGAUGACGACAAUGAACGCCACGCUCGAAGAGCUGAAGCGGUCGCUCGACGAGAAGGACUCGCAGAUCAAGGAUCUGCUCCGCACUAAUGAUAAGUCCAUCCGCCAGUUGUCCGACGAGUUGCGCGCUCUUCACGAGAACUCCGACGCCAAGCAAUUGAGAUAUCAGGAGUCUAAAGACGAUUACGAGCAACGAGUCCGCGAUCUUCAGGACGAGUCUAAGUCAUUGAGGGAUCAGCUGAACAAAGAGAUUGUUUGGAAACGAAAAUACGACGAUUCGGUCAAAAAGGGUGAACUAAAUACCAAUCAAUUGAUGGAAACCCAGUAUCGGAUCCAAUCGCUGGAGAAUGAGUUGAAGGCGAAGAACACUGUCAUCGAUACGAAAGACAAAGAGCUGCGAAAGAUUAACAGCAAUUAUAAGAUACUUCGGGAACAAUGCCAACAGAUGGACAAACAGACGGAACAGUUUAAGAACAAAUACGUUGGUCUCGGAGUCGUGAAGGAGAAGCUGAUCGCCGACAAGGACUCGACACUAACCGAAGUCCAGAAGUUGAGCAAAGAGUUGCUGACCGUUCGCUCGCACUUGGAUUCAGUUCUACGCGAAAGGGAUGCACUCAAAGUGGAGAUUGAUUCCCAGCGCGAAGAAUACGAAGAGAUUCUGGACAGCGAGCGCAAGAAAUUGACCGCCGCUGAGACACAACUGGCAAACGAUCGCAAAAUGUAUCGCGAAUUAGAGGACAAGAUCUCCAAUCAGGAACAGAGCCUAUACUCUAACGAUGAGGUGAUUGUCGCUCUGGACUCGAAGAUUAGUCAUUUGGAGGAACAGCUGAUAGCGAUCAAAGAGGAAGCGGCCAAACAUAUCACAACAAUCGGUAAUCUAAAGGAUCAGAACUCGAAACUGACGCACGGUUUCCAGCAAUCGGUCGAAAAGGUGGACGAAUUGGAGGAACGAAUCGAGUCAUUGCACACUCAGUUGGAUGUAAGAGAGGAUGAGAUUAACCGCGAAAAGGGAGCGUAUAUUCAACAGUUGGCGCAGCAGAAGAAGGCCAUCGAUCACCUCCAGGACACCAACGACUCACUCAUUAAGCAAAAGAAGUUUGUACCGAAUAGUCCGCGUCAGCCUAACUGUCCGCUCGAAAUGAAUGAUUUAUACAAAUCGUUAGCCGAAGAGAAGUCUAAUAACAGAAGACUUGUCGAUGAGAUACAGAGACUGAAAGGCGACGCAAACUAUUUUAAAAAUGAAGUGUUUCAAUUAAAGAAUUCAUUAAAAUGCGAUGAUUUGAGUGUUGAGUCCAACGAACAUGUGUUUCGAAAGCCAUUAUUCUGUGCCGAAAACAAGAAACACGUCAACCAAAGAGUGGAAAAUCGGCUGCACAGCACUCCGGCGACGGCCGCCCCUCCGCCCGACAACUGGUCACUCGGCUCACAACGAAUGCAUCACAACAUUCCGCACCGCUUUGUCGAGACGACCAAUAAGUUGCCAAACAAUAAGUGUGUUUCCUGUGCGGAGACCAUACACUUCGGUCGCAAAGCCGUCAAAUGUAGUGAAUGCGGGGCAACCACUCACGCAAAGUGCUCACUAAAGUUGCCAAACAAUUGCGGACUACCGGUGCAAAUGAUGCAACAGCUGUUCCACAGCAGCUAUGAUGUAAAUGAGAACCAAUUGGCGGACGCCUAUUACCAGACACAACGGAUUGAUGAUGUGAUAAACGUGGAACCGCUGGAACCGUCGGCUCCCGAAGAGACUUUUGUUAAGUAUGACGACAAUUCAGACUCUUCCGGGACAACCGAUAACAACGAGCCCGACAACGGGGCUGUCCUGACCGACGUGUUGGACGCCGACUAUCGCGAGAUUCAAGAUAUUUGUGAUAAAGAGAACGAUGGCUUCUCUUUCACCGAUUCUAUGCUAGAAGUGUUGGACAGAGAAUACAAAUAA